GGGUGCCUAGUGGAGGGUGCAGAAAAGGGGUGAGGGCAGCUCCCAGCAGAGGCCAGGUCAGAACCAUGUGAAGGGGCUCCUGCUUCGGCCGGGCAGGGGAAGUGACCUCUGAAGUCCGGGCCCCUGGGGAGACUACUGCGUGGAGUGUCAUGUGAUGAUGGUCAGGUUCCCACCGUAACCAGAGGGGCCGAGGGAGGCCGCCCUCAGCCAGGAAGCCCUUGAGACCUCCAGGGGAGGAGAGGGAGCAGACACCGCCUCACCCCCAGCCCCUCUGCUCAGCGCUGAGCCCUGGAAGGCAAAUUCAAGUUGGGGCUCCCUGAAAAUGAGGAAUAGAUUGCCAGGGACAGCUGGGCCUCUUUUCUUCCCCUGGGCUGGGUGGCCUUGUGGUUAGGGAGCCAGGAGGGCCUGACCCUGGCAUGGGCUGGGGACCCUCCCAGCCAGCGUUCCGGGCCCUGCUGCUGGUGGCUGAGAGACUUAGAAGGGGGAUUGGUGCGCCGAGUGACGAAGGCCGGGGCUGCGCAUGGACCACUGGGGAGGGACCUUUAAGCAGAGAGACCCCUAGGGGUCCCAGAGGAGCAGGUGGGAGCACCAUUAUUAAGCACCGGCUGUGUGCAGGCACUUGCCCCUCUUCUGGAGGAGCCUCGGUGAGUUCCUGUUCUGAGGACGGCAGGAAGUCCCUCUCCUCAAAGGGCAGAUGCUGGGAGGCAUCCUCAGCAUAGCAGGCUUGUCAUUUCAGAGGAUGGGGAGGGGGGGGCGGGAGCAAGUGGUAAGGCUGGAGCCAGACCACAAGGGCUGCACAAGGGGUAGCAGAGGCUCCGGGGGCCGGGAGGAGCUUGGCAUGUUGGAAGGGGAGGGGAGAAAUGAGGAAUGGUGUUGAGGACACUCGGGGCACAGAACUGGGGAGAAGCUGGAUGCUGAGGAUUGGGGGGAUGGUGUUCCCACUAAGAGCUUAGGCUCUGAGGGCUUCUAACUGCUCUGAGACUUUGGGGGACACCCCAUGGAGCCCUUCCAGUUUAUAAAGUGAAGGGUUAAGGGUCUAACCCAGGGUCACCCAUCCUGCUGAGGUCAGGAGAUGGAGGGCCUGAGUUCAGGUCCCGCCUCCAAUGAUUACUAUGUGUGACCCUGGCCAAGUCCCUUCCCCUGGGUGGGCAAUGACAGCUAGCACACAUCGAGUGCUUUACAAAUAGGAUCUCAUCCGAUCCGUACAAGCUUGCAAGGAGGGGCUGUUAUUAACCCCAUUUUACAGACGAGGAGGCUGAAACCAAAGGAGGAUUAAUGACCUACCCAGGGCCACACAGCCAAUAGGGAUUUCAGGCAGAAUUUGAAUGCGGUUUUUCCUGUCUCCGAGUACUCUUCCGGACAUCAGAUGGAAGGUUUGGACUCUCUGCUCCCUUCCAGACGGCCAGGCCCACCACGGCUCCCUCCCCAGGAGCCGAGUUUCACUCACAGCACCUUUAUCUCCUCUCAGCCCAGCCUGCCCUCCAGGAGUCAGUUCCUCUGCAGCAUCGACCCCUGGGACCUUUGGGACAGAGCUUCCAUCAGCCAGCUGGCCUUGCUCAAGGCCUGGUCCUCUGUGCUGCGCAUACAAAUGAAACAGGUCCUGCCGCCCAGGAACGUCCACUCUGCUGGGGCAUCAAUAACCUUCCAGGACGUGACCGUUGACCUCUCCCCGGACGAGUGGAGGGGCCUGUGCCCCACACAGAGGGAGCUCUACAGGGACGUGAUGCUGGAGAACUACCGCAACCUUGCGUCCCUCAGGCCACCAUCCCCCGGAUCCACACCACAGAUUAUCUCCUGGUUUGAGCAAGGGCAAGGAAGUGAGUUUCCAGGGAGUGUUCCCUCAGAUUGCGAGACUCUGACUGAGACCAAGGGGUCCAGGGAAGGAAUUUCUGCUCAAGUAUGGGGGGUGGUGCCAGAGGCAUCCCCCACGGAUGCGCAUCAGGGAGUUAAGUUUGGAGCAGCCUCUGAACAUGGAGGCAGAUCCCUUAACCCUUCCCAGAGCAAAUGUUUUUUCCUAGAAUUUGGUUUCAGCCCAGAGGCCCUCCAUCCUGAGCAGGCCCAGCCAGGUGAGGUGAGCCAGGCAUGUGAGGAGCUGGAGAGAUGUGUCCAUUUGAGUUUAAACCAAGUGACAUGUAAGCAGGAUCCCACAGGAGACAGACCCUUUGCAUGUGAUAUCUGUGGGAAAACAUUCAAGCGGAUUUCCUGCCUUAGUCGACAUCAGAAAAUCCACGCUGAAGUAAAACCCCAUGUGUGUCAGGAGUGUGGGAAGGACUUCAGUCAGCGAUCUUACCUCAGCGAGCACCAGAGAAUCCACACUGGUGAGAAGCCUUACGAGUGCAAUGAGUGUGGUAAGGUCUUCAGGCAGCGAUCUACCCUGCUUCGACACUGGAGGAUUCACACUGGUGAGAAACCUUAUGAAUGUCACGAGUGUGGCAAAGCCUUUAUCCAGCAAACCAAACUUAUUGAACACCAGAGAAUCCACACUGGGGAGAAACCAUUUGAUUGUAAGGACUGUGGCAAAUUCUUCUCGCGGAGAUCACACCUAAUGCAGCACUGGCGGCGGUGUACUGAGAAGCAGCUCCAAGGAGGGGAGAGUUUGGACCCAAAAAAUCCCCAGAGAGUUCUCACCACGGAGAGUUCUCACCUGUGUAAUGCAUGUGGGAAAUCUUUCAGACAGCGCUCAUCCCUCAUGCAGCACUGGAGAAGUCACACUGGGGAGAAGCCCUAUGAGUGUAACAUAUGCGGCAAGGCCUAUGGGCGAUAUUCAGCCCUGAGCGAUCAUAAGAGAAUUCACACUGGGGAGAAGCCUCAUCUGUGUAUCCAGUGUGGGAAGACCUUUAGCCGCAGCUCAGUCCUCACUCAGCACCAGCGAAUUCAUACUGGGGAGAAGCCUUAUGAGUGCCAGGAGUGUGGCAGAGCCUUUAAUCGGAGUUCCAAUUAUUUUCUGCACCAGAGAAUUCACACUGGAGAAAAACCCUAUGAGUGCAAGGAAUGUGGCAGAGCCUUCAGCCGGAGCUACAAUUUUUUCCUACACCAGAGAAUACACACCGGAGAAAAGCCCUUUGAGUGCAGUGAAUGUGGGAAAGCCUUUAGUCGGCGGUCCAAGUUUUUUCUACAUCAGAGAACUCACACCAGAGAAAACCCUCUGAAUGCAGGCGAGCACCUCUGUGGGCUAGAAACACAGUAAGGGGUCCUCAACAUGUGAUGGAAGCAUGUCUGUCAAUAUGUAGCAUGGGGAUGAUUGGACCCAAGGCCAGUCUGCCCCAGGGAGAAGAGUCUGGGAGAGGGCCUGCCUCCUAUCCCCCAUGUUGGCAGCUAACUGUCCUGUGGGGGAAGGUGUGGGGGAGUUCCCUGAUCAAGAAAUGCUUGUCAUGAAGAAUAAAAGAAUGUAGUAACCAUGAAGUGCCUAUGACGGGUGUAGUGCCCCCUCCUGGAGGGUUACCAGGUGUUCCUGCCCUUGGAGCUUCUGGCUGGAAGAAAAGUGGAGGCUGGGUAGAUCACCUCCUACUGCUGCUGCCCCGAGCCACAAGAGCCAGCAGGGUCACAUUGGGGUGACUGCGGAUGCCCAGGCCCUGGCUCUGCAGAUGCUAUGACCUUUGAGUCUCAGAACAGCCUUGCUAUGGGCUAAUACCGGGAUUUACCUGGUUUCACAUGUGUAAUUGAUAGAAUGAUGGUUGCCUUUGCAAUGGGUAGAGAAGGGGAGAAUUGGGAACUCAACAUUUUUUAAAUGUAAUGUUAAAGUAUAAUUAUUUUUUAAAAACCAAACCUCUGAGAUGUGUGCGCUUACUGUUCC